GCGAGACAGAGGGACCACGCCCUCCACAACCAGUAGCUAGUGUGAUCUCUAGACCGGACGGGCUCACUGACCGGCGGCACAGGAGGAGAUGGCGCCUGCGGAUGUGAUGGGGACAGCUGAGGAGCUGGCUGACAAGUUCCUGCGUGUCACGAAGCGCUACCUGCCGCACUUGGCUCAUCUGUGUCUGAUCAGCACCUUCCUGGAGGACGGCCUGCGGAUGUGGCUGCAGUGGAACGAGCAGCGGGAUUACAUCAGCAUGUCCUGGGGCUGCGGGAUGUUCCUGGCCACUGUCUUUGUUCUCAUCAACAUGCUCGGACAACUGGCUGGCUGCAUCCUGGUCCUGACUAGGAAGUUUGUCCCUUAUGCCUGCCUCGGCCUCUUCAUCAUCAUCCUCCUGCAGACCAUUGUGUACAAUAUCUUCUGGGAUGUGAAGUUCCUCAUGAGGAACAUGGCGCUGGGUGGGGGUCUCCUGCUGCUCCUGGCUGAGUUCCGCUCUGAAGGCAAAACCAUGUUUGCUGGGGUCCCUAGUGUGGGGGACACUUCCCCACGUCAGUACAUGCAGCUGGGAGGCCGCUUGCUGCUUAUCCUCAUGUUCAUGACCCUACUGCACUUCAAUGCCAGCGCCUUCACAAUUUUCCAGGACAUCUUCGGCCUGACUCUCAUAAUCCUGGUCGCCAUCGGCUUUAAGACUAAGCUGGCGGCUCUGACUCUGGUCCUGUGGCUGAUGAUCAUCAAUGUCCUUCAGAACGCCUUCUGGACGAUACCCUCCUACCGCCCCAUGCACGACUUCCUGAAGUACGACUUCUUCCAGACCCUGUCUGUGGUGGGAGGGCUGCUGCUGGUGGUGGCGCUGGGCCCCGGUGGAGUCUCGAUGGACGAGCACAAGAAGAAGUGGUGACCGGCCCUCGCCAUUUAUACCACCAUCUGACUGGAAUACUCCAUUUAGCGGGGGAGCUUGGUGCAGGAUGUUCCAUUCAGUGAGGAAGCUUAGAAUAUAUUGCAAUUCUUCAGAAUAAGAUGGCGGUUAGGGGGCUGCCAGGGAUGGGCGCUGAACCCAUAGAUUAUCAAGCCUUGCCCAUACUCUGGUUGCUUCCACCUCCUUUAUCUCUCAGCACAGAUGGCAGGCUGCCUACUACAGGCCUGGCGCCCCAUGCACUACCUGCAUGAGUUCCUGUCGGGCAUCAUCACUGGAAAAUCUAAUCCGCCCCGGCUCCUCUAAUAAUAAGGAGUCCGAUCGUUGGAAGCGACGCCAAUAGAAAGGUUUUAUCACAUUGAGAAUAUUUGUAUGAACAUUUUUUUAAAUAAAUGACUAUUUUCAGAGAGAUCACA